AAACCGGGCCUGAAGCUUUAUUAAGAAAUGAUGACUCCGUUCUAAAGUUCUUUCCCCCAGGCUUCUCUCUUCCAUCCCACGUCGAAUAUAUGCUGUGCCCCCCAGGCCCCAGCUGUUCCACACGUCUCUUCACUCUUCCGUCUCGCCUCGUCCAACGCUUCCUCCUCCCCCCACCCGGCCGGCCCCAUGGCCCACCACCACUCGCCGUCGCCGUCCGGGAGCAGCAGCCGCCGCCGCCUGUCGGAGCUGCUGGGGGAGCAGCAGGAGCCAUUCUACCUCGACCUCUACCUCCUCGAGAAGGGCUGCUCCCCCGCCUUCCUCGACGCGGCCUCGUGCGGCGGCGGCGCCAGCGUCUGCUCGACGUGCUGGCCGAGGGCCCGCAGCACCGGCGGCAGGUUGCUGAGACGGCCGGCGGCGAGGCGCAAGAAGGGCCGCGGCGUGCUCAGGCUGCUCCUCUCCAAGAUCCUCAGCGGCGCGACGACGACUGCGCCUGCUGCGGCGGCGGCCAAGAAGAAGCGGCAGCAGCGACCGGCCGCUAUUGGCUGGCGCCGCCCCGAUGCCGACGUGAAGCGGACCACGCCGGUACGUUCCGCGAACGCCGGUGUCCCGGCUUCCCCCAGCGCCGUCGAAUGCCACCACCGCACGGAGGUUGACGAGGAGCGCGAGGAAGAAGACGAUGGCGAGGACGAGGACGAGGACGAGUCGUCGAAGAAGCAGCUGAGCCCGGUAUCCGUGCUGGAGCGGCGCCUGUUCGAGCACUUGCCGCCGCCGCCGCACGCGCAGAAAGCCUUCGUCCUCUUCAGCGAGCUCCUCGAGGCAGCCUGCACACCCACCACGCUGCUGUCCCUCCUCGCCAACGCCAAACAGUUCAGAAACAGUUCCAAAGACGGCGGCGGCGGCUCAACGCCGACGACGACUCCACGCCGAUUCCGGAAGAAGAACAACAGUCAUGCGCGACGGGAAGACACGCUUCCGUUCGAGAGAGACCUCGCCACGGCGACCGCGCUCGUAUCGUCCGAGCUGGCCGGCGCGAGGGUCCGUCCCGAGCACGUGGGGCCGGAGCGUGAGGACAUCGCCGCCGACAUCGCGGCGGCGGUGCUGGACGCGAUGACGGAGGAGGCGGCGGCGGAGCUGAUGAUGACGAUGAGGAUGGACCAACCAUGGGUGUGCGGCUAACACGGCGGCGACGGCGACCUCCGUUGUUGGGUUUCUGGUGGGGUGAUGUACGUAUCCCGGGCGUCGACGUGUGCGCGUAUUCUAUGGGUGAUUGAUGGUGGCGUGGCGGGUUUCUUGGUUGACGAGGGCAGGCGCGUGUAGGUUUGGGUUUAUUUUGUGCUAAUUGCCUGUGAUAGGGCCUGGCUAGCUACCCUUUUUGGUUGUUGGCGUGACAGGGCUUGGCACGCAUGCUAAGACUAACGGAGCUUGUAAGUAUAUGGUGGUUAACAUGCACGGUGAGAUUGUGUUAUUAACCGAGAGAUAAGAACAGAGAUCCUAGCUCUUUUUAACUAUAAUGAGCAUUGAACAUGUGUGUGUCUUUUAA